AUGUCCAUUGUCGACUUCGUCGAAGGAACUGAGAAAAACGUCAAAGGGAUACCUGACCAACUUAUCAAGUCAGAUGACAAAACGGUUAGGGUUAGGGUUAGGGUUAGUCCCGGUGUCUAUGAGUACCUCAUCAACGUCACAAUCGGUACACCUCCUCAAAAUAUCACACUUAUCAUCGACACCGGUUCGUCCGAUCUCUGGGUCAACACCAACGCGAGCUGUUCAGCCUUCGACGACAGCGCCGAUGCUGCUCUCUGCAAUCAACUCGGUGUUUACGAUCCGACGAACUCGUCCACCUUUGUGAAUUACACCGCUACGGAUGAGUCGUUCAUCCUCAAUGUUACGUAUUUGACUGGUUACGUUCUCGGGAGUCAAGGAAGCGAGACGGUUGGCUUGGGAUCACCGGAGGUGCGAAUCAGUAAUAUGACGUUUGGGCUUGCGGAAGAAAGUCCGGUUGGGGUUGGGAUUAUGGGUAUCGGGUUCGAACUCAAUGAAGCCGAGGAGAUCAUGUUUCCGACGAUC